AUUUGGAAGUUGAUAUUAAAUUCGGAAGAUGAAGAAUUAUAAUCUUUUUGAUUUAUUUUAAUCAAAAUUUAUUACAAACAAUGCAAAGUAUUUUCUUCAUUUCGACGACAACGCCCCCCUGCCGAUCGUCUUAACGAUCGUCAUAUUGCACGUGGUUAAGACGUCUAAUACGCAAAUUUUAAAUUUAGUAGUAAAUUUGCAUCGAUUCAGUAACAAGAAUGAAUCUGAUAAAUAAACUUAUCGGAACGAAAAGGUUAUGGGUUAGGCAACAAAGUAUCUUUAUUUUAAAUCGAAAGUUGUCAGAUGAAAUGGAAAUUCCAAGGAUUCCUCCAUAUCAAAUAAAAAAAAAUGAAGAUCAAACAGUCAAAAGAUCAAGGUUAUUGUAUCAAAGCAGAAAAAGAGGAAUGUUAGAGAAUGAUCUCAUUUUAAGCACUUUUGCAGAUAAAUAUUUACAUACAUUUAAUGAAAGGCAAUUAAAUUUGUAUGAUGAAUUAAUAAAUUUGCCUUCAAAUGAUUGGGAUCUUUAUCAUUGGUUAACAGGUAAAAAAGAAACUCCAUUGGAAUAUCAACAUGAAGUAUUUGAAUUAUUAAAAAAACACGUGAAAAAUGAAGAAAAAGAGAAAAGAUAUUGUCAGCCAGAUAUUAAUAAAAAUAAUCUGUAAAUAUAUUAGUAAGGAUGAAACUAUAAAAAUAAUCACUGUAGCUACACUAUGUUGUCAGCUGAAUGUUCCUUUAACAAUGGAACUGAUAACUGGGUCAAAGACAUUAGCAUUUUUAAGCUUUACCCACUAUUAAAGGUGCAUUGAUUAA